AGGCCCACUGCCAGGUAAGACAGCCUAAGUGACUUCACUGGAUCUGGAAAGGAAUGAGGUUUGCGUGAGUGGGGGACUUUUUUCUUUUUUUCUUUUUCUUUUCUCUAUUUUCCCAUCUGAAUAUAUUGGUCAAUGUUUCCUUAUUCCUUCUUCUCUCUCGCGUUCCCCCUCUUUCCUCCUAAUGGGAGAGGUUUUCUGUGGCUGGAUGAUCGGCCAGGCCUGCAGGAAGCUAGUUGGUCCAGAUGUGAUAUGCACGGUGCUGAAAUAAGCCGCCAAGAAGAGAUCAUUGGUAGUGUCCGAGUGAGAUUUUCCCCUCGAAGCCAGUCAUUGAAGGACUGUAAUUUCUGGGUACAGAGUCAGUCCCUAGUGGAGGAUGGAUGUCGUGCAGGAUGUGCCCGCGGGAUGCGGCGCGAAUCCCAUAGUAACCUUGAACAGGGGGUGGGGGGAGGGGGUUCGAGAGUCAAGAGUCAAAGACUCAAGACAAGACUGGGACGCGAAGGACGUUGCAUUUCAAGCCAGGGUUAAAACUGACUUGAAGGGCUGGGCCCGCUGAUUGGAAUAAUGAUCU